ACAGAAGGACUCACUUGUAGCGAGCGUUGACCGGCGCUGGCUGUCAUUUGCACGGCGCCGUUUUGCAACAAUCUGAGCUCGUGGAAUAAAUUCUAUUUUUUUUUGUUGCAAGAAUCUCAUUCUGGGUUCAAUGAAGUUGAUAUUGGAAUCUCGUAAUGAGGUGGCUUCUGCCGUGGAUUCUAAUAGUAGCCAGCACUCAUCAGGUCUUUUCCCAACAUUCCACAGCCAUGCCUCCCUUGACACCGACCAUAGAGCUGUAUAACCGGACAGCGUACUGCAAAUGGCCGUGCAAGUGUGCCAAGAGCGCCCCCCUGUGUCCGCCAGGGGUCAGUGUGCUCAUGGACGGCUGUGACUGCUGUAAGGCCUGUUCCAAACAGGUGGGGGAGACCUGCAACGAGGCGGACGUCUGUGACUACCAUAAGGGACUGUACUGUGACUACAGCGUGGACAAGCCGAGGUACGAAAAAGGAGUAUGUGCCUACAUGGUGGGCACAGGCUGCGAGUACGACGGAGUGAUCUACCGGAACGGUCAGAGCUUCCAACCCAGCUGUAAGUACCGCUGUCUGUGUGUAAACGGCGCCAUCGGUUGUGUGCCGCUCUGCACAGACUCCCAACCGCCCCGGGUGUGGUGCCAGACGCCCAGGCGGGUCAAACUGCCGGGCCGAUGCUGUGAGCAGUGGAUCUGUGACGAGCCCAGGAAGACGCGCAAGGCAGACCCCAGGCCUGCUGAGAUAGUGCGCGCCAGCCACAAUGAGGUCUGGCAUAAGAACUGCAUUACCCAGACAACCUCCUGGUCCCCGUGUUCCAAGACCUGUGGACGUGGCCUGUCCCUGAGGAUCUCCAACGCCAACGACCAGUGUGAGUUGAUCAAGGAGUCGCGCCUCUGCAACAUCCGGCCCUGUGACGUCGACAUCACCAAGCACAUCAAGCCAGGGAAGAAGUGUCUGAACAUUUACAGGGAGGAGCAGAGCCAGAACUUCACAAUCUCAGGCUGCAACAGCAAGAAGCCCUACCGUCCAAAAUACUGUGGUGUCUGCGUGGCCACAGACGAUCGCUGCUGCAUCCCUUACAAGUCCAAGACUAUCGAGGUGGAGUUCGAGUGUCCCAACGGAGCCACUCUGACAUGGCAGGUGAUGUGGAUCAACGCCUGCUUCUGUAACCUCAGCUGCAGGAACCCCAACGACAUCUUCUCUGAGCUGGAGCACUACUACGACCACAAUGAGGUCAUCAACUGAGCAGCCUUGUCCGAGCCUGAACGUACGGCCCACAGGGCAGGAGACCAUCUCCUGUUUCUGUAGCAUGAGGAAGUUUAGUGUACAAGUACAACCCCUGGGUAAGACGCUAGUCUGCCGCGGGGCCUUACCCAAAUACAUCUCCUUAAUGCUGAAUGCCAAGCGUUUUUAGAGUCUUUGCUAGGAUUGGACUGGGGAGAACUGAGCAGAGGACAGGUUAAUUUAGGUUAUUAUUGACUCCAGCUUUACACUCCUUGGAAUAAAGGGAUUGAUGAUUUGUUGGUUAGUUGAAGUACCAGGCUGGAACAAAGGCUGCACACCUCUAAGGUCCCCAGGAGGAGGAUGGAAGAACAUUGCAGUUGAACCCUGCCCAAACUCUUCAUUAUGAUCUUGAUAAAAAACACACACAAAAAUUAUGCACAGGGUUUAUCUGUUAUUUAACCUCCAUUCAAUGAAACGAAAAGGUAUGUAGGUGUUUUUCAAUCUAAAUAUACACUCAGUGUACAAAACAUUAAGUACACCUUCCUAAUAUUGAGUUGCACCCCCUUUUUGCCCUCAGAACAGUCUCAAUUCGUCAGAGAAUGGACUCUACAAGGUGUCCAAAGCGUUCCACAGGGAUGCUGGCCCAUGUUGACUCUACAAGGUGUCCAAAGCGUUCCACAGGGAUGCUGGCCCAUGUUGACUCUACAAGGUGUCCAAAGCGUUCCACAGGGAUGCUGGCCCAUGUUGACUCUACAAGGUGUCCAAAGCGUUCCACAGGGAUGCUGGCCCAUGUUGACUCUACAAGGUGUCCAAAGCGUUCCACAGGGAUGCUGGCCCAUGUUGACUCCAAUGCUUCCCAAAUUGGCUGGAUGUCCUUUGGGUGGUGGACCAUUCUUGAUACACACGGGAAGCUGUUGAGCGUGAAAAACCCAGCAGCGUUGCAGUUCUUGAUACAAACCGGUGCACCUGGCACCUACUACCAUACCCUGUUCAAAGGCACCUACUACCAUACCCUGUUCAAAGGCACAUACUACCAGACCCUGUUCAAAGGCACCUACUACCAUACCCUGUUCAAAGGCACCUACUAUCGUACCCUGUUCAAAGGCACCUACUACCAUACCCUGUUCAAAGGCUCCUACUACCAUACCCUGUUCAAAGGCACCUACUACCAUACCCUGUUCAAAGGCACCUACUACCAUACCCUGUUCAAAGGCACUGACAUCUUUUGUCUUGCCCUUUCACCCUAAGAAUGGCACACAAACACAAUCCAUGUCUCAAGGCUUAAACAUCCUUCUUUAACCCGUCUCCUCCCCUUCAUCUACACUGAUUGAAGUGGAUUUAACAAAGUGACAUCAAUAAGGGAUCAUAUCUUUCACCUGGUCAGUCUGUCAUGGAAUGUUUUGUACACUCAGUAUAUUAGCGGAAGUUGAUCAUGUAUUUGUGAUGAUACCAUAGUAGGACACAGGGGUCAAACCCAUUGUAAUUAUGCAUCAUAUUCAUGUGGGGAUAAUCUUCUACCAAGUUAGGGCAUUAACCACUCGAGUGGUCAUCCUGUUGUAUACUCUUCUGUUUCCCUCUUGUUGUGUCAUGUCAUUAAGCUUACUGUGUAUGUACUGUUGUGCUCAAAACAUUUAGUCAAGUAUUUUGUAGUUUACUGCAAAGUGUACAGUAUAUCAGACAAGAUUCUCUCACAUUUUCUCAGUUUUGCAUUGAUUUCCAUUGACUCUUAGUGAACAAUAAUAGUGUUUGUCUCAAUGUCUGCAUUGUCAAGUCAGUUAAAAGUGUAGCAACUUUUUAUUGAUUGAAAUUUGAUUGAGAUCAGCUCAAUAAGUGUUGUCAUUUAUUUCAUUGGUCAAUACUCUAGUAAACCAUAUACCAUAUCAAAUGUCAUCAUAAACAACAAACAAACUCAUCCAGGAAGUCACAUUUGAUUGGUUCAAAUAAAUACAAAGUAUUAAGAUUUGGGUCGUGACAAAUCUUUUCAAAUAAAUUUUGUAAAAAUAA